GCCAGCGCCAGCUAGCAACUCGGAGCCAUUAAGAAAACCUUGUGAAAACUCCUUUUGGCACGGAUUACUUUUAUUUUUACAGUGUUUAAAAGUGUUCUUUCCGUGGAUUGUGUCUACAAAAGUGUGCUUGGGAUGAUAUUGUUACAGUGUUAUUCCAAGAUACUGUGCAUAAACUUUAAUUCGAUGUAUUUUUCUUGUUUGGCCUUGAACAUUCCGUGUUUGGUGUAAGAAGUGUAUCUACGACAUAACUGAACAUUUUUAUCUGCCAUCUUGUGAAUUCUGUUGAUUUUUAUGGUAUUAAGAGAAAUUUCAAUACCUAGGACUAAUACGAUCAGUACAAACAAAUGUUUAAAUGGACGCAUCGUCCAUUAUCACUCAAGUCUCACGCGAUGACGACCAACUAGGAAACUAUUCUCCUGAUAAAGGUCACAUACAAAGGGUUGACAACGAUGUGUGUGUGCCAGGACAAGUGGGCAAGAAGUCUCGGCGUGGAGUGCUGCGGUCCUUACUGUGCUGCUGGGGCGGUUCUGCCAGCUCGAAGGCGUCCAAGACCUCCGGCGGCAGUGAGGGUCGCUGCUCUCCCCCUCUCUCCCCCGGCUCACCCCGCUACCUUCUGCCUCCCGUCCGCCAUCAGGACAUGCACAAGAAGUGCAUGGUCAUUGACUUGGACGAGACUCUAGUGCAUAGUUCAUUCAAGCCAAUCAACAACGCAGACUUUGUUGUGCCUGUGGAAAUAGAUGGGACCGUCCACCAAGUGUAUGUGCUCAAGCGCCCAUACGUAGACGAGUUCCUUCAGAGGAUGGGAGAGCUCUAUGAAUGCGUCUUAUUUACGGCUAGUUUAGCUAAGUAUGCCGACCCUGUUGCUGACUUGCUGGACAGAUGGGGCGUGUUCCGAGCUCGACUGUUCAGAGAAUCCUGUGUCUUCCAUCGUGGUAACUACGUCAAAGAUCUCAACAAGCUAGGUCGAGAUCUUCAGAAAGUCCUCAUCGUAGAUAAUUCACCAGCUUCCUACAUCUUUCACCCGGACAAUGCUGUGCCUGUAGCUUCAUGGUUCGAUGACAUGACGGAUACAGAGAUGUUGGAUCUAAUCCCGUUUUUUGAGAAGUUGAGCAAGGUGGACAAUGUAUACGCGGUAUUGUGCAACUCUAACCACCCAUACAACUGUGUCAACGUAGGCCAGUCACCGGGUGCAGGCUCAUAGCCCCCGCUGUCUCAUCAGCCACUGUUGCCUUCCGAGUGCCAUCACCACUGUACAGAGAGGUUUUAUUGUAUUAACAUAUAUUUAGUUUAUAUCACGACCUGGCCAGGUGCUCUAACCCAGGGUAUGCAGCUUAUCUUUAUAUCCUAUUAUAUUUUACGCAAGAUCGUAGCCCUUUAUGUCCCAGUAUUGUCGUUCUUCGUUUCUACUGGCAAAGAUAAUUUAUUGUUAUUUGCCCGUUAAUAUCUCUACUCAGUGUGCUUACUUGAAAAUUUUCUCACCGUGGAAUUUGUUUUUAACUGUGUAAUGGUUGACAGAGGUGUAUGGAUGUCACUGAAUAAUUUUACAACUAGUUUGUUGUAUUUGAUUUAAAAGGAAAAUCAAUGGAGAAUAAUAUUUAACAUGAGAUGUGUAUUUGUCAACUAUUUAUUUGAGGUGUCUUUAUCACAUUUUACAAGACAAUUUUACGUUUGAAUACAAACACGUUAAACAUACAAACAAAUAAAGAGGAUUGUUGCAUACAUCUAAAGUAUUUUCUCAAAGACAAAGAAAAUCAUCUAGCGUUGUAUUGACCUUCAUACGUGGGCUAGUCAUCUAUUUUAAUUUUUGCCUGGACUGUCAGUUGAAACUACCUCAGCUGCUCAUUAUGCUAGCCAUUUUUAUUGAAAUUUGGAUCCAGUUUCCUCAUUUGAUAUUUGGAAAAGAGCUAUUUAGUCAGUAUUUCAAAGAAACCACUAUAGUAGGACUAACGUUUAGACAUCUAAAAUUAUUUUUGUCACACUACACAGUAAGCAGCGCAAGUUUGGUGUCUGGUGUAGUAAUUUUACCAAUCACUCUGACAAGACAUUAAAAAAAGGCAUAGAUAUGAGUUUCUUGUGUUCUUAACAAAGCUAACACAAUACAAAUUACCCAUGUCUGAACUGCCACAAUGCACUUUUCUAAAUAAAUAUUCACUUAAUAUUAGAAUGAAUACAUUUACCGGUUCAAGUUAUUUUCCCUAUCAUUUUUAAGUUUUUUAAAGGCACCUCAAUAUAAUAUUUAUUAAAGUGUUUCUUUUUCAAAAUUUGACAUUUGGUUCGUUAACAGUUUCAAAUUUUAAAAUUAUGAUUAAAUUUUAAUCAUCAUUAAUUUCAUUGAUCAAACUUGCAGACAUAUUUAGUAGUUUAAAUAUUCUACUUUACUAUUGCUGUAUGCUCGUUCAUUGUUUAAGUCAAAACAGGCUUUGCUCUGUAUUGGAAAAGAAUGAGAGAUUUUGUAACAUUUCUCCCUAAUAUUUGUGAUGGUUAACAUAUCUGUUAUUUUUAAGAAAUGUAGGUUAAAUGUCUGGGGUGAAACCCUUUUUCUUUAAGAAGGUACUAAAAGUUAGUAAUUAAUGUGAAUUAUUGUUACUACCUUACACAUCACUAGACUGUGUUUUUGAAUCUGUAAACAUUAUGUGUUAAAAUGUUUUUCAUAGCUAAAUUAUUAUUUUGAAUACAAACUAUUGUAUGACAAAGUCAGAUUCAUUAACAUUAAACUAUUUGAUAUCUCAAAAUCAAAAUCUGCGACCAGCCUGAUUUUGUAGCACAGUCAGAAGAGAGGGAUCAGAAGUUUUUCUGUUAACAAAUACUGCCUUAUACAACUAUAGAAAAUAUUAGGCUGCUCACAAUUUGGUUUGGUUUAUCUUCUUAAACUAAAACUUCUCAGUUGUUAUACAUUAAAAAUCUCUAUUUAAGGUAUAAUAGAAUUUAACUUGGAAAUGUUGGACGUCACAUAACAAGUUUUAAGGUAAAAACAGUAAGACAGGCUGCUUUUAUGCAUGUGCUUUGGCCGGAUGACAAAAACUACUAUGAAAUAUUGUUGUUUCCUAACAAAUUGUGUUACUUGCAGUAACAACAGUUACAGUAUAAGCUUUGUCAACUUUCGUCACCCUAUUACCAGUUUGUCAUUUUUUAACCUGCUCACAAAUAAAACGUGAUAGAUUAUUACAUGUAAUUAUCUACACAAAGGGUACAAUAUUAUUAACCCGCCCUCCAUGAGUGUCCUUGAUUGUAAAAGAGCAAAAAGCAAUGUAAUUUUGUACUAAUAUUAAUACAAAAAGGUAUAAAAACCAUGUAUAAUAAAAUGUACCUAUAAAUUAAAUCUAUUAAAAAAAAUACUUGAUAUAUAUAUAGCAAACAAAAGCAACAACACCAUAAGUGACAUACAUUCCAGGAACCUAGAAGCAUGUAUGUAGCGCAAGCGGUGACACAUGGGAGUAGAUUCUGUGCCAUGGGAGUAGAUUCCGUGCUAUGCGACUUCAGCCUUCAGCUGAUUAAUAGAGAUAGUACGAGGGAGAGACCAAUCAAUGUUUAAUCGGUUCCUAGAAAGAAGUGCGUUAGGUAUGGUUACUCUUAAAACUGCCAGCCGAUAAUAACACAUAUUUUUCUAUAAAAAUUAAACCAGCCCGGAGGAAUACGUGACAUUUAUGAAGGGUUAAAAGCUAAUUAUUUAUUGUGAUGUGAUAAAAUCUUGGACAACUUGGUACACCAUUCUAACCUACAUCCUAGGACGUUAGAUUCUAGCCCAGAACUGUUUUAAUUAUUACUUCAGGCUAUUCCUAUCACAUAGAUCAAAUCAAUUGGUGAUUUGCGGUAUUUGAACUGGGGACCUCAGGCUCCGAAGCCCUGAGCUCUAUCACUAGAGCAGCUCGCUCCCUUACUAAAAACAUACCAAAAGUAUAUUUCAAUUCUAAAAACUUUUUAUUUAUCUCGCAUCAAUGUUAAUGUGAUAUAAUAGUGGAAUCGUAAAUAGUUGUUUGGAAUAGUAAACAGUUUGAAAUCCAUUAUAUACUCUUUAAAAUUUGUUAUUACUUGUUCACUUGUGCAAAACUUGCCAACUUAUUCAACAACUAGACUUGGCCAAAGUAAAGUUAUGGGUUUGAUAGAUUACUAAUACUGAGUAUUUAUUAACUUAUUAUUUGACGUCCGGCAUAAAACGCAUGCAUUCAGGGGUACUUAGACUCGCACAUAGUUCCUUGCAUUCUUACACUCGCUAUGAAAAGCUUUUUUGGUAGGCCUAACAGUCAAUUAAGUAGUUAGACUGAAAGAUAAAGAACAAAGUGGUUUUGUGAGUUUAGUUGGUUUUUACUAAAGAAAUAUAAAUAUACAAAUAAUCAAAAGUUAUCAGCUUUAAAUGUUAAGUACUCAUUUUCCAUUAUUUAGGAGCACCCUUAAAUUCACCUAGAUUUACCCAGAUUUUUCACUUCAUUCAUAAAAUAGUUAUAUUUUUAUUAUUUUAAGUAGCCUAAUACUUGUUGACUAUGUCUUAGGUAUUUGUGUAAUAAUUUUGCUUAGUGUUUAUACUAUAUUUUUACUGUUCUUAUAAUAAUAUAUUUGAAUUGUUAUUUUUGUGUUUUGUUAAAAUGUAAUAUUUUUUACCUAUUAUACAAAAAAUGGCUGGAUUAAAUUUACAUUUAAAAGCAAUAAUCAUCGUGUAAAUAAAUAUUUAUCAUAUAUAUCUAAUUUGUGAGCUUGUUAAACUUUUUUUAAUAGAUUAAUUUUUCAUAUUUUACAAUUCAAAAUUAACUGAAAUUAGAGUGUAAGAGUUUUAAUGGUUAUAAAUAUCUUCAGUUUUUCUAUAAUUUCUGCAAUUUAACCGGUACUCUGUUAAUUUAUCAACCUUAAAAAAGGAAAGCUUUGCAAUGAAUAAGGAACCAUACUGGUUUUGGACUUCUGGAAUUAACGAUAUAAGUUUUGUCAGUAACCGUAUCUAACAGAACCAACCAUGAUUGCUAUAAAAGAUGUUGAAAACCUGAAGUUUUCCAUGUUGCCAUAUCAAUCAGUUUUGUAAAACAAAAACACGACAAUGGUUGAAUCCUACUGCUCUGUUCCGGUUUUUAGUUGAAUUAUGAUAAGAUAAACUGUAGAGGUCAGCAAGAUGAAUCAGUGCUGCUAGGAUUUGGCACGUCUCAUUAGGCAAUCAGCUGUAAAUAUGUCCCAGCGUAUAUGUAAUGUGUGUUUGGUCGGUGAGUCGGAGCCUUAGUUUGGAUAGGUGUCUCAAGUCAGUGAUGUAAACUCAUGUGCUAGACCUAGCUUGGUACCACAUAAGCCAGAGGAUUAUGUUUAGGGAUGUGUCAAAUCCAAAUCUCGAAUCUCAAAUCCACCGAAUCAUAAGAAAAGAUUCGGAUUCAAGAUUCAAUUCACAAGAAAAAAAAAAAUUAGAAUAUAAUUAUAAGACAUAAUGUGACUUUGCCUUAACCAUAGCAGGUUAUUGACGUCGUAAUAUACAGUACUGUGACAUUGACUAACCAUAAAAAUUAUGUCGUGGUGGUGGUUAUAUGUGUUAAAUGAUUUCUGUUCCAUUCUAGAUUUUAUCACUAUAAGUCCAUUUGUAAUUAUUUUUGGGACACGAGAUUUGAAGAUUUCAGAUUUGAGAUUCAAUUUUUUUAGGAUUCGGAUUCCGAUUUGAGAUUCAAAAUUCCUGAAUUCGACCAUCACUAAUUAUGUUUUUUAGUUAAACGAUGCUCCAGUAAACGAAGCUGCUAGUUUUGUGCAAUGAAAGUCUCCAGGCCAGGAUUUUGAUGUGUAGAAUAAAGUUAUAGCUGCUUGCUUAUGUUAGAAGGACAGGGACGCUUGGUCCCCUGGGGGGUUUUUUCAAGUGUAGAUAAAGUCCUCUUCUAGACAAUCCUUUCAUUCUACAGAUCAAAACGAAGCUGUUAGUUUGUUUUUGGUUAAAGUUUUGGUUAAACAAAAAUGUUUUAUAAUAUUAGCCCCAUCAAGGCUAAAAUGGCUUGACAUCGAGGAAAACUUAAUGUCAAUGUCUGAGCCAUUAAUGGGUAGUUUCAAAUUUAUGGUAAUUGAUAGUUGUAUCUGUUAUUCACUUCUCUUGCUAUUCUGGGUCUUGUUAUUACAGUUGUGAUUUUAGAGAAAAGAUUGUGUCAACGAUACCUUUUAAAAACUAAAACUUAUUGCUACAAUUUUACCACUCAAACCUAAACAGAUUAAAGUUUAAGAUUAUGAAACAAAACAGUCUAUACCAUAUAUUUGAUCACUUUUCUAGCAGCACAAGACAUAUUUUUACAAGAAUGUAGAGAGAAAACAACUUUUACACAGUAAAAAACAUAUCAUACCUUUUUUAAAAGUAUAGUGACAAGGUACAACUUACUGUUAACAAUUGUGAGAAGCAUCAAAUACUGCCAUGAAGUGUUGGUUAACAUCUUGUCAUCAGUUUAGUUUAGCAGCUAUGAUUUGUUAGUAGUUUUACAUAGUUUAAACAAUUACUUUAAAUAGUUCCUAACCUACAAGAUUUUUCAGUUGAGUGUUACAUUACUAAAAAUAAAUUCAUCACAAAUUAAUAUUCAAUAGCCAAUUCAUAUUUAAACGUUUCAUACACCAUUAUGACAAUCAGGGAAAUGUUGGUUAGCUAGCAAAAUGAAGACCAAUUCAAGUAAUGUGGCCGACAAUAAACAGAUUUUCUUAAUAAUUUAAAGUAUGAGAACAUAGAAACACUUUAAUCUUGUUUACCUUGGAAAAAACAUCUAAACUGUUUCUCAUUGGUCAAUAUGACUUGCAUAGUAUGAUUUCAACAAAAAUUGAUGUCAGCCAGGUUAUUGUUUUGAAUUACUCAGUUCGUCCAUCGGGGAGAUUGUUCAAUAUUUUUGAUCAGAAACUAAUUACUGUGAAAAUAUUGUAACUAGCCAAAUAUAAUUUUGUUUAGGAAUAAUUUAGUUUAUUAUUGAUUUUAAUUGCAUUUAUUUAUUACUAUCCCAGUAAAAAUCAUUAAGGAAGUGGUGUUUUUCUAUAUAUUCGUCUAGGUGCUACCAUUAUACUGCUGUCCAAAACUAACAAACUUGACAGCAAAAAUGUAAAUAUAUUAAAAUAUAAUAUUGGGUGCAGGAGGUUUGGUGCUUCCACUAGCCCAAUACAAGGACGAUUUUAUAUUGCUCAAUAAGGUAUAAAACACGAGGAUCGCAUUAUCACAGACAUUGUGAUUCCGCCUGCAUUUUGUAGAUAGUAUACAUAUGAAAAUAGAUAUUUAUCAACUGAUGUGAAACCGCUUUGUAAUAAGAACAUUUGUAUAUUGUUCGGUGGGAAUUUUGAUAUUGUUCAAAAGAAGAAUUAUUUCGAUAAUCAUUGAGUUGCCUUUUAAUCUGUAAAUAAAAGCCUUUUCCAUUUAUGUA